AAAAACAAAACCAAGUACUAGUAUUGUGAAACCAUGGAAGAAAUUGUGGGUGCUAUCAUUGAAGUUAGUAGGUGUGUCGGCAACUUCACGUUGUCGCUGCUUUCCACCCUGAGAAAGUUCCAGAAAAACAUCCAAACUUUGAAGUAUGAGUGGCAGAAGCUCUCUCGCUGCAAGGAUGGAAGAAUAGAAGAGGUCAAUUUAUCAAGAUUAGAAGGGAAGCACCCCCCUUGGCAAGUUAUGGAUUGGCUUGAAAUGGUGGAGAAGAUCGAACGUGAGGUGGAAGGGAUUGAACAUGAAUCCAGGCUAUUUUUGGAGGCAGAUCCCAUUGAUGCUCCCUGUGGCCUGGGGUGUAUGCUUGACUCUAACAUGCGCCGCAAGUACCAACUUAGCAAAGCUGCAGCAAAGAAGUGUGAUGAGGUGAGAAAACUUACUGAGGAGUCGUGCAAUCUUCCACCUAUGGAAGAUAGGAAGCCAAGUGAUAUAGCUGUUGAGCAUAUUCUGGCGCCAUCUCUUGUUGGUCAGAAAGCACCAGAGAUCCUAAAGCAGCUUAUGGUACUUUUGGCUGUUAAAGAGAUCACAAGGAUUUCUGUUUAUGGAAUGGGCGGUUCUGGGAAGACUACUCUAGUGAAAACCUUGAAUAAUCAGCUUGAAUCUUCUGGCAGGGAGUUAUUUGAUAUGGUCAUUUGGGUCCCUGUGUCAAAUGACCUGGAUAUGAAAAAGGUUCAAUCACGAAUUGCUGAGAGGUUGAAUUUAGCACUGAAUGCAGAAGAGAGCAUCGAGCGUAGAGCUAGCAAACUGCAGCAAGUAUUGAAGUCCGGAAAGAGGUUCCUGUUCAUUCUGGAUGACGUUUGGGAGAAAAUUGAUUUGCACAGCGUGGGGAUACCACAAGGCGAUGGCCAAGCAAAUUGUAAGAUCGUUUUGACAACGCGAAAUCUUGAUGUGUGUAGGGAAAUGAUGACCGAUAAAGCACUAAAGAUGGAACUUCUGACUGAAGAAGAGUCCUGGAGUUUAUUUGCUCAGAAUGCAGGAAAUGUAGUGGAGUUAGAAGACAUAAAUCCUCUAGCUAAAGAAAUUGCUAGGGAAUGUGGUGGUUUGCCUCUGGCUAUCGAGACUAUGGGGAAGUCCAUGAGAGACAAAACAAUGAUACAGCUAUGGAGGAAUGCACUCUGCCAACUGAGGCUUUCCGAACCACACUUCGGGAGCUUGGACAAGGUGUAUCUGCGGUUGCAAUUGAGCUACAAUGCACUGCCAAGUAAGAUUUAUAAGUCGUGCUUCUUAUCUUGUUCGCUGUUCCCGGAAAAUUUCUCAAUUCAGAUAAGGGAACUAAUAUUGUUAUGGUUAUCUGAUGGAAUUAUUGGGGAACGUCAAACUUUAGAGGAGUCCAUCAAUGAUGGGCAUGCUAAACUUGAAUAUUUGAAGGAUUGUUGCAUGUUAGAACAGGGUGAAGGCAUUGGCACCGUAAAGAUGCACAGUAUAUUGAGGGAGGUUGCCAUUUGGAUAUCCUCAAAUAAGAAAGAAACAGGGUUUUUCAGCAGCCCAGUGCAAGGAAUGCUAAAGCUGAAAAAAUCGGUCAGAAGAGCUUCGUUUAUGAGCAAUUCCAUCAAGAGUUUGCCAGCUCAAUUGCUUGGGGGAUCCGACCUAACUGUGUUGUUCCUGCAUUGUAAUCCUUUUAAUAGAAUCCCUGAUGGUUUCUUUCGAGAACAUAGAGUGCUAAGAUUCUUGAAUUUAAGUAGCACUCUAAUAACUUCCCUGCCUUCUUCUAUUCUUCAGCUAGGGGAGCUAAAUACUCUUCUCUUAAGAGACUGUCGUGCUCUAGAAAUCCUACCCCCACUCGGAGCUCUUUAUAAACUUCAAGUGCUCGAUCUCUAUGGAACUCGAAUAAGAAAGCUUCCGAAAGACAUGGGCAAGCUGAUUCAUCUGAGAGAUCUCAAUUUGUCACACACUCGCUUUUUACAAGUCAUCGCACAUGGAAGCAUGUUGGGAUUAAUUAGUCUUGAAGUCUUAGACAUGUCUUUCAGUGGUUAUAACUGGGAUGUGAAGCGUAAUGCAGGAAGAGGAGCAGCAUUUGAUGAGUUAUUAUCCUUGCCGCGACUUUCUGUUGUUCACAUAAGGCUAAACACAGUUGAUUGCGUUGCCUUAGACUCUGCCGGUCCAUGGUUUGGAAGGUUGAAGGAGUACACCAUACAGAUUGGUCCAAAUUCAAUCUAUCUACCGACUCAGCAUGAGAAAAGAGUCAUCCUUCGAGGGGUUGACCUCCUGCAACGAGGCUUAGAGGGGCUAUUGUGCACAGCAAGUGCCCUGGAGUUGUUCACAUGUGGAGGUAUAAGUAGUUUAUCUGAUAUAAUUACUAACAAGAGUGUGUGUGGCUUGCCAAAUUUGAAGUCGCUCACCAUAUCAAAUUGUGACUGCAUAACUACAUUGUUAGUCGGCGAAACAACAAUUCGGAGCACAUUGCCAAAUUUGGAGCACUUAACUCUGAGUCAUCUGGAUAACUUAGCAACCUUGUUGGACAAUAUAGUCCCCAGAAGAUCCCUUGGAAACUUAAAGACCAUCAAGGUGGAGGGAUGUCGACUUCUAAAGAACCUCAUAUCUUUUUCUUUACUUCGACUGGUUUCAAACCUCGAAGAAAUCAAGGUGAGUGACUGCAGGAGGAUGAAGCAGGUUAUCGCAAGAGAGUUCUAUGAAAAGAUUCCAAAGUUGAAAACCAUAGAAGUCAGGGAUAUGGAAAGCUUAAGUACUAUCUGUUCAAGGGGAGCGGAACUGUCAGCUCUAGAGAGGAUUGUGGUGAGCAACUGCCCCAGGGUGGUGAAGCUUCCCUUCACAGCCCGUGAUGCAUUGACUAUUAAAGAGAUCAGAGGAGAUUUAAGCUGGUGGACAGGUCUUAAAUGGCAAAAUCGUGCAGAUAAGAUCAGUCUUCAGCAACGAUUCCAAGCGUGUGCAGACACCGCAGUGUAG